AUGUCUUCACAUUCUGGCUCUCGGCGCUGGGCCUACCAGCAACACCCACAACAGGACCUUCCUUCCUCACGCCCUGUCCAUGCUGCACACCUCAACCUCGAUCGCGCGUACUCGUUUGAAAGAGAACCUACUCGACGAUCCAACACAGCCCUGAAGAAUGGCACGCGGCCUCGAAGCAGUCCUCGCUUGCCUAGAACAUUGAAAGACGCGUUCGAUGCGACAUCGCGAACAGCCGCCAUGGACCCAAACGAACACACCGCAAUGCCUGAUCGCACGCCCAGUCCAAGCAGCAGACGACGGCAGCGAAAUUUGACGCUGCCUUUCCCUUUAGCAGCAGUCACCAGUCCUCCCCCGGGCGAACUCCUAGAGACCUACCAGCGCAUCAACGACGCAGACGACUUGGCGGAUCUGGUAUCGGAGGACGAUCUGGACAUCGACCCCCCAGAAAUGCUAUCGCGACGAAGCUCCAAAGAGCGUAAGCGGCGUCGAGAGUCCCCUGGAUCGCUGAAUCUUCGUUACACACAGGGGGAAGAGAGGGACGAUAACUUGGGGCCGGUUUUCAGCUAUCUGGACGACGUUACAGAUGACCAUGCGCGAGGGAAGUUGUCAACAUAUAAACGCGAUGAAGAGCGUUUGAACCGCGUCACUGCGAGCCAAUCGCCCGUCUUCAGCAAGGCCAAGGUUGGCUCAAUGGCAGACAGUCUCCAAAGACGCGACUCUGACCCGCCAACAACAGAAGAAGCCCGGGAUUUCCUUGGGGAAGAUGGCCUUCGUCUUGGGCUGAAUGUGCCUAAAAAUUGGGGGAAUAAGGCAAAAAACCAUCGACAAUGGUUGAGCUCUUUUUCGCGACCAGAAGCAGAAACCCUUCGUGGUGAAACGCCUGGGGCCCUCACUGAACGAGCAAGAAAAACUAGAGUUGAAUCUAGGAGCCGUUCUCCUCGGCCUAGCAAUGCCUCUCCUUCGCGGAAAAGCGAUGAAUUCAGAGAAGGGCGUGAACAAAUAUCGGAAAGAUCUCGCCUGGGAGCUCCUCCUUCUGACGGGCUUCACAAUCAUUCUCGGGCUAGAUCACGGUCGUUAGGGAGGGCUGGCCUAACCGGCGACGCCAUUCCAAAUACACCCGUCACCAUCUACAAAUCGACUUCCAGAGAUCGGACACAAAAGACGCGAAGUGAUUCUCGAGACCUUCUCCGCAAAUUGGCCCGCACCGAAAGCCCUAAUCAACAUAGCACCCCAGAACAAAAGAAGCCGAUAGAAACACCGCUUCCGGAGAAAACGCCUGUAGUAAUAGGCGCCUGGAUCGACACGCCGAUGACCGUGCGAAACCCGGACACAAACGGGGAGGACGAGACCAAAGAAAUCGAUUCUCCAAGCAAGUCGGCUCCCAAGUCUACGGUAAUACCAAUACUACGUCCAUCGGGCUCUGGCGAAGAGUCUGAACGCAAAUCGACCGAUGUAGCCAGGUCGGGGGCUCACGCUGGGAAGGCUUCUGCUAAAUCUAAUAUCCCACCCGAAAAGGCCCUGAAUGAUGACAGCAUGGAGAAGAAACCACCACAACCAGGACUCAUCAAGCCCAAGAUACCAAAGAGUGCACUCGAGGGUAUUCUUGAGGAUGCAAAAUCAAACGCCGAUCCUUUGAACUUGGAUUUAGGCGAUGAUACGAUCAACUCCCUACAAGGAAUCAUCAACAAUGCGGACUCAGGCUCGUCGAGAUUUAUGAAGAUGAAAGAAGAAUCUCUCGGAAGAGAACUUGACGCAAUUGAGUCUGAUUUAGAUCAGCAACCAAUUGACGAUAAACCGCAGCAGUCACUGGACCACAUGGGGUCGAAGUUACAGUCAAUUAUCUACAGUAUCCGCGAUGCUCGUACGGGUCUCAAUGAUCUACACGAGGCCCUCACAUCGGACAACAGCAAUGAAGCAAUACACAUCAAACGUUGCGAAACAUGUGGCACUCCUCAACGUGAUGGACGCAUUUAUGUCGCCAUUCCCAUCCCUCGACUCUGGCGACGAGACCACGUCUCUCGCCACUUGCGUCUAACAUAUCUCGGUUGGUUGGUUGUCAUUUUCGCUUGCUGGUACAUCUCUGAAAGCACCAUGUGCGACUACUACUGCCACCCAGCAAUCGCCGAAGUCUGCGACGGCUAUUGCCUGCAACCAGAUGCUCCUCAAUUCCCCUUUACACUCCCCACGAUGCUCUGGCGCUGGUCACAUCUUUCCAGCGUCUUCUCUCCAAUAAUCACCAUCUUCAUCGCUUUUUUCCGCCUCAUUGCGCAAAUCCUGGGCGUAUGGGACGGAUAUGUCGACGAUAAUUAUCUUUCAGACUUUCGAUCUUCUCCUUCGUCAGCUUCAUCUUUCAAUCAUGUUCCCGUUGACAAUCCCCAACUUGAAAGUAGGAAUGGCCUAUUUGGUCUGUGGCCUGCCGGCUUCGAAAAGGCCUCGACGUUCACCUCUACCACUGCAGCUGCAGCUACCUCCACCAGUAUUCCGACUAUUUUGCAAAAGGUCAUUACGGAUCCUCGAGAUGCCGUUGUUGAUGAUAGCAUGGAUGGCGAUGAGAUAUUGUAG